UGUUCGUUUUCUCCAAACAAAAUGGCCGAUUUCACUAGUUCACCAGGAACGCCAAGCGGACGGCACGAGAAAUCACUUGGUUUAUUAACAACGAAAUUCGUAAACCUUUUGCAAGAAGCCAAGGAUGGCGUUCUUGAUUUAAAAAUGGCUGCCGACACACUUGCUGUACGACAGAAGAGAAGAAUCUACGACAUUACAAAUGUGCUAGAGGGAAUUGGCCUCAUCGAGAAGAAAUCGAAAAACAGCAUUCAAUGGAAGGGAGCAGGUCCUGGCUGUAACACGCGUGAAAUAUCAGAACGUCUUGUCGAUUUGAAGCAAGAACUUGCAGCUUUGGAUGAGGAAGAGAGGGUUCUUGAUGAACACAAAUCUUGGAUUCAACAGAGUCUGAAAAUCGUCUCCGAAGAUUUUGAUAACGAGAAGCUGGCAUAUGUAACAUAUGAUGACCUAUGUCAGUGUUUCCGUGGUGAUACACUUCUUGCAAUCCAAGCUCCUGCCGGAACCGAGUUGGAGGUCCCAAUCCCAGAAAAGAGAUUGGGCAUUGACAGACGUUAUCAAAUUCAUUUAAAAAGUCAGUUGGGUGAAAUAAAUGUCUUACUGGUCAAUAAAGAUCCCCUGAACAACCGUCCAGUGGUCACACCUGUACCCCCACCCUUAUCCUUACCACAAUCAUCUACAUUUCCAAAUGAUGACAACCUGUUACCUAUUGUUAAUGAGAAGAUCACUACAGUUGCCGAAAAACCUUUAGAUUUUGGAAAAACGAAACAGUCUAUUGCUAUGGAAACAUCUCUUUCAGAGUGUGAAUUAAAACAAGUGGCAAAUGAGAUCAUAUUUUCAAAUGAGGCCAAACCAGAACCAAUAGAUGUGUCAAUGAUCGACGACUUAGUUUCAGCUGAAGUUUUGGCUCCUCUUCUUCGACUCUCCCCACCAGCCGGAGAUGCUGACUAUACCUUCAAUCUGACAAGCUCCGAAGGCGUCUGUGAUCUAUUUGACAUUCCAAAUCUUGAGGCGAUGCCUGCUUUUCCAAGUGUCUCUGCAACAUAACCAUCGAAGACCAUAACAUUUCUACUAUUGUACUGACAUUUUAAAGUGUUAUAUCAUGUAUCAUAAGAGGCGUGAUGAUCGAACCCCCUGGAUUUGUUCGUAUCGAACCCAUGUUCCAGGAGGGGAGGUUAAUUGUUAUACGCAAAAUAAAGUAGGGUGGGAUAUACCUGUCUUUUCAACAUAAA